UUGUAAACCAACAUGGCGCCUCAUUGUUUUGAACGGAUGCAACAUUAGCUAGGAUUAGUUCAAAUUAUGCAAUAUGUACAUAAAACAUAUACUCUCAGGAUGGUCAGACUAACACAUUUAGAUCUAAUGCACAAGUUGCCACUAUUCAAAGCUUUGUUGAAAUUGCAAAUAUUUGGUAUGGAUUAGAUACACUUCAUUGUAGGGAACAUGUUAGCAUUUGAGUUAGGUUAGCUAACGUUUGACGUUAGAAAUUUCCUCCAAUUUAAAAUGAAUUUGUCUCCAAACUGAAGAAAUGUUAGGAUUUUUGUCAGCAAGACAGUCUGGUCUGGAUGACCCUCUGCGUUUGAGACGUGCAGAGUCAACAAGAAGGGUUCUCAGUUUGACCCUAAAUCCUGACAGGGAUGUGGACAGAAUCCAUGGAAAUGGCAUUAACACUAUUGACAUUGAUGCAGCUGAGGGCAGAUACAUGUUGUCUGGAGGUGCAGAUGGAGUAAUCGUCAUCUAUGACCUGGAGAACUUCAGUGGAAAACCCCAGUACACCUGCAAAGCUGUCUGCACAGUAGGCAGGUCAAGCAGGUAUGUCCACAAAUUCAGUGUGGAGACAGUCCAGUGGUAUCCUUAUGACACAGGAAUGUUUGUCUCAAGUUCUUUUGACAAGACCAUGAAAGUCUGGGAAACAGAGACUUUGAAGCCUGCUGAAGUGUUUGAGUUUGAAGACAAUGUCUACACCCACCACUUGUCCCCCAUCGCCCGGAAGCACAGCCUUAUUGCAGUUGGCACCAAAAAUCCUAAAAUCCAACUAUGUGACCUGAAGUCUGGUUCACGGAUUCAUGUUCUUCAGGGGCACAGAGCAGAGGUGCUGUCUGUGCGAUGGUCUCCCAGAUAUGAGCAUAUCUUAGCCUCUGCCAGUGCAGACAGUAAGGUGAAAGUGUGGGACGUGCGCCGUGCUUCAGGCAGCCUUAUCACGCUGGACCAGCACAAUGGAGAGAAGUCGAAAGCCUCCUCAGAGGCAGUGAACACAGCCCAUAAUGGCAGAGUGAAUGGCCUUUGCUUCACUUCUGAUGGCCUGUACCUCCUCACCACUGGGACUGAUGACCGCAUGAGACUAUGGAAUAGUGCCACUGGAGAGAACACUCUGGUAAAUUAUGGGAAAGUGUGCAACGAGUCUCGUAAAAGGCUGCAGUUCACAGUGUCGCGCGGCUGCAGCCCAGAAUUUGUCUUCGUGCCAUGUGGCAGCUCUGUGGCAGUGUAUGCACUCCACACAGGAGAGCUAGUCACCAUGCUCAGAGGUCACUACAACAAUGUGGACUGCUGUGAGUUCCAUCCAGACUACCAGGAGCUGUACAGUGGAGGUAAAGACUGUAACAUUCUUGCGUGGGUUCCUGUCCUACGUACUGCAGAUGUGGAAGAAGAGUCAAAUGAAAAUAAGGGUGCUGAUGGCCUGACUGCAGUGAACCCUGCCUUUCAGGAUACCUGGAGCAGUGAUGAGGAUUAAUGCUAACGUUUUGGAUUUGAUGGAUGAGCUUUCAUUCAUCAUAACAUUGUCUAUAAAUGGAAUAAACUUCCUUUACUUUUGGAUCAUGUUAAAAACUACUCCUGUUACACUUUUGCCAACAAAGAUGAAGCCUUAAAACGUAGGGCAAAUGUGUGCAUAAAUGAGUCUUAGCCUCAGUUUUUACAAAUGGGCAAUGUUAUGACUGUUUGUUUUAGGACAUUUGAUAGAGCAUUGUUUUGUCUUUUAAUUUUUUUUUAAACUAAAUCCUUGAAGGGGCAAUGUUUGCAAUGUUGCAUUUUUUAUUAAACUUUUUAAAACCAAAUAAAUAUUUUCACAUG